GAAGAGGAGGGAGGAGAAAAGGAAGAAAAGAGGAGGGGACUGGGGUCCAUCCAGUCUGUCCCAGCUCCUGCCAGGCUCCAUCUGACCUUAGGAGAGCAAUCCUGGACCCAAGCUCCAGCCAAAGAGCCUCUCUCAUCUACUCAGGCUGGGAGGUUGCUUUCUAGGAGCUCAGGAUGCAAAGGUGGACACUGUGGGCUGCAGCCGUCCUGACCCUCCACUCUGCACAGGCCUUUCCACAAACAGACAUCAAUAUCAGCCCAGCCCUGCCAGAGCUGCCCCAGCCUUCCCUGUGCCCCCUGUUCUGGAUGGAGUUCAAAGGACACUGCUAUCGAUUCUUCCCUCUUAAUAAGACCUGGGCUGAGGCCGACCUCUACUGUUCUGAGUUCUCUGUGGGCAGGAAGUCCGCCAAGCUGGCCUCCAUCCACAGCUGGGAGGAGAAUGUCUUUGUGUAUGACCUCGUGAACAGCUGUGUUCCUGGCAUUCCAGCUGACGUCUGGACAGGCCUUCAUGAUCAUAGACAGGAAGGGCAGUUCGAAUGGACUGAUGGCUCAUCGUAUGACUACAGCUACUGGGAUGGCAGCCAGCCAGAUGAUGGUGUCCACGCGGACCCAGAAGAAGAAGACUGCGUUCAGAUAUGGUACAGGCCUACCAGUGCUCUGAGAUCGUGGAAUGAUAACAUCUGCAGCCGGAAGUUCCCCUUUGUCUGCAAAAUCCCAUCUCUGACCAUUCAUUGAUCCUGUCUCGUCCUACUGGUGUGAGGGCAACUCCAGUAUCACCUUGUAGCUGUAGCCAGUGUAGAACUGACAUUGAAUACAUGUAAAACAAACAUGGGAGGUUAAUCUCUUGGACAGAGAUUUUAAACAAGCAGAUCUUAAUUAUACAGGGUGGUCGCUUGGCCAAGUGACGGGAAAGCCAGCUCAAAUUGGCUUAAUUAAUUUUUUUAAGUUUUUUGUUUUUUUUUUUGUUUAAUUGACCCAAGUAACAAAAGUCCAGGGGUUGUUCUGAUUCAGAGUUGAAUCUCACUGGCCUGGCUCAGGUCACAUGCCCACCCUGAGGCAAUCACUUUGGCAUAUGCUAAGUGACUAGCUCCUGCUUAGCUGCACUUCUUUGGAAAAAAUGGGGUGGGAGUCACAUCAUCAGAGGGGCUGGGAGUGGGGGAAAAUGGGAGGGGGUGUUGGUCAAAGGAUACAAACUUUUGGAAACAAGAUUAAUAAGUUUGGGAGACUUACUGUACAGUGUGGUGACUAUAGUUAAUAAUAAUGUAUUGUAUUCCUGAAAUUUGCUAAGAGGGUAUUUUUUUUUUUUUUUUUGAGACAGGGUCUCACUCAGUUGCCCAGGCUGAAGUGCAGUGAUGCAGUCACAGCUCACUGCAGCCUCAACCUCCCGGGCUCAGGUGAUCUUCCCACCUCCAGUCCCUGGAGUAGCUGGGACUACAGGGCGCUAUAGGCGCGUGUCACCACAUCUGGCUAACAUUUGUAUUUUUUUAAAAUAGAGAAGAGGUUUCAUCAUGUCGUCCAAGCUGGUUUCAAACUCCUGGGCACAAGGGAUCCACCCACCUCUGCCUCCCAAAGUGUUGGGAUUACAGGCAUGAGCCACUGCGCCCAGCCAAGAAUACAUCUUAAAUAUUCCCACCACCACAUGGGCUCAAAGAUGAGGCUGGUUCUUCAAAGGAAAACAAAAAUAUUACCAAACUCAUAAAUUGCUGGUGGGAAGGUAAAAUAGUGAAGCCACUGCAGAAAAGUUUGUCAGUUCCUCAAAAAGUUAAACAUAGAAUUACAUCUGAUCCAGCAAUUCCACUCCUAGAUCUAGACCUGAGAGAACUGGAAACAGGUAUUUAAAUAUAAGUGGUUGGCUGGGUGUAGUGGCUCAUGCCUGUAAUCCCAGCACUUUGGGAGGCUGAGGAGGGAGGAUCACUUGAGCCCAGGAGUUGAAGACCAGCCUGGGCAGCAUAGUAAGGCCCCAUCUCCAUAAUAAUUUUUUUUUUUUUAAUUAGCUAAGCAUGGUAAAGCACAUCUGUAGUCCCAGCUAUUUGGGAGGCUAAGAUGGGAGGAUCACUUGAGCCUAGCAUAUCAAGGCUGCAAUGAACCAUGACUGUGUGACUGCACUCCAGCCUGGGUGACAGAGCAAGACCCUGUCUCAAAAAACAAAAACAAAAAAAUACGAUCACAGCAGCAUUAUUGAUAAAAACAAAAAAAAAUGAAGACAACCCAAGUGUUCACCAACAGAUGAAUGACUAAACAAAUGUGGUCUAUUCAUAGGGUGGAAUAUUAUUCAAGCAUGAAAAGGAGGGAAGUAACCAUAGAUACUACAACCUGAAUGAACCUGAAAAACAUUAUGCUGCCAAUCACAAAAGACCACAUGUUGUAUGAUUCCAUAUAUAUGAAAUAUCCAGAAUAGGCAAGUCUGUAGAGACAGAAAGUGGAUUAGUGGUUGCCAGGGAAUGUGUGGAGGGGGAAUAGAAAGUGAAUGCUAAUAAGUAUGGGAUUUCUUUGUGGGGUGACCAAAAUUCUCUGCAAUUAGACAGUGGUAAUCAUUGCACAAUAUUGUAAAUGUACAAGAAGCCACUGAACUGUUUUAAAAUAAUAGUUAAAAUGAUACAUUUUACAUUA